AUGUCCCAGAGCUUGCGCCACUCUGGUGCCGGAAACACCCUCUUAUUUUCGCCCAGUUGCCCAGUUCACAGCCUCAACAGAACAACCAGCAGGGACACAGCAGAAGGGGAACUCCACGUGUUAGGAGCAGAUCAGCGAGACGACGAAGCGUCGAAGCUGUUUUGGGCGACGAAAAGCAACACGACUCUCCUCGAGCAUGCUCAAAAGAUCAGACACGUGCCUGCGUCUUCGCCCUCCGAUUUCCCGAUUGGUGACUCUCUGUAUGCAGCAUCGAGCUCCCCACUACCCCGUUUGUUGCCUGCACAGCAUCGGAAUCCUUCUCUGCAACUAGCGCGUCCCAGUCACAAGAGUUCUGAAUUUUUGCUCGGCCACGAAGGAGGUGCUUCUUUCUCGUAUGCCACGAUCGCAGAUGACGGCAAACAGUCGCAUCCGUGGAAGACAAUCCAAACACAGAACACGGAAUCGUCUCCGCCAUUCAUUGCAGCCUCAGCUCCUUUCACGAUUUGGAGAGAAAAAAGAGAGAUCCACGCGGAAAAGGAACACAACGCGGGGCUGUGUCUCUGUGAGGUUGCCUUAAGCGCGUCGACUACAGCGGGGACAUCGGAAUCCACUCAGUCGUCCUCUGUUGCGACACCGGCCGAGAUUUGCUCGCAGCCUUCACUUGCUUCGCUCGUCAAGUUCGCAGGCAGGGCGACGCGAGUCGAGGGGAGACAGAGACUGUACAGAAACACGUCAACAGUUCUGGGCCACGGCUUUUCAGGAGACGUGAAGAUCUUCAAGCACCGCCACACUGAAGAGGUUUUCGCCCUGAAGACCGUUCUCAACGAGGAAGGCCGCAUGCAGCGCGGCUGGCGGCUCUGCAGCUGGCGAGGCAGGCGGCCUUGCCCUCGGUCGUCUCCUGAAGAGCGUCUGCGCGGGGAACCGCAGAAAGCCACGGAAAAGGAAAACGCUGUCCCCGGCAAGACACACAGCAACGUCGGCGGCGCCGGGAAUGCAGACCCCUUCGGAGAGCCACGAGGAAAGACGCGAGGCGAGACCGACGCCGCGAAAACGGUGAAAUCUCAAACCCGCGGGACACCGAAAAAAGACAGUCGAGGCCCGAGAGGCUGUGGAGAGGUGCCGCGGCGGAAGAACCCGGAGUCACAGGGGCCCAGGAAGGCGCCCAAGGCAUCUGAGGAAAAAGACAAAGAUAUGAGACGGGAUUUGCAGGCCAUCAUGGGAGAAGGCGUGUACGCGUGUCUCUCUGCGGACCACCCGACGAUCAUCAAACUGGUCGAGUUUGUCGAAGACGACGAAGGCGUUCACUUGAUCAUGCCCGUGUGCAAGGGCGGCCCUCUGAGCCGUGCGAGUCUCCGAAGGUUUCUAACGGGAUCGAACCCUUUCGGCGACGCGACCGCAGGGCCAGGCGGGAAGUUCAACAGGACUGACAGGGGCGAUCCGGCGGCGCCCUGGCAAACCGAAAAAACAGACGAAGAAAGCUGGAGAAGUUGGGAACGAGUCGCGAAGAAGUUCACUUGGCAAAUCCUCAAGGUGCCGCAGGAACACAAGCGCGUGCUUCGAAAAGGCUGA